UAUCAGGCGUAGCACCACGACCAAGCACUGCCUUACAAAUACACGCAGUCUGACGCAGAUGCCAUUGGCUUAUUUUGCUCUUCCGUUUCUUAUUACCGGUUUCAAGUAAUACUAGGAUUGGCGGAGUCCGAACGUCUUCACGGUAAUUGGUUCUGUUCGCCACUGGAGGUGGGGCUGAAGAUACGGGCAAGUUGGGAAGGAGACAGUCGCCAUCUUAGUAAGGUCAGGCUAACCCUAGAGGUACGUUUUUAUUUCAUUUUACAAAAUAUGCAAAUUAAUUAUCUGCAAGAGCAGAAGUGUGUUUGUACAUGCUGAAUAAAACCUGCAAAUAAUUUAUCGAACACUCAACUUGUAAUGGGAUUGUUCCGGAAUCGCCAGUGAGGAAAGUGCCUAGAGUUCGUUGACACGGACAAACCGGGAGUCCGGCUAGGAAAGAGACGAGGAGAUGAACGAGCAGCAGUAUGUCCCCGGUUUUAUGGCAUUCGGUGUAGAUCUGGAAGUCAACAGUAAGCGCCUCUUGGACUUGACAGGAGAAAGCGCGCCCCCUUCCGGCUGUGUCUCUGUGUUACAGCAUGCCACGACAUUGCUCUGCAGCAGGGUGCAAGUCGAGGGACACGAGCGAGACCCGGAAAAAUGGAGUCACAUUUCACAGGCUUCCAAAACGUGGCAACCCUCGCCGCUUGUUGUGGCUGGCCAACUGUCGACGUACUGACCCAGAAAGCCAGGCAAUGUGGGAUCCAAAGUCACAGUUCAUCUACUUUUGCUCAAGGCACUUCACAAAAGAUAGCUUUGAGCUGGUGGGGACAAGCGGGUACCAUCGGCUGAAGGAUGAUGCGCUGCCCACAAUCUUUGAGACCUUUUCCAAGAUGCGACAUGUGGCAUGUGCCAGGAAUAAGCAAGUGAAGCAGGAUUCCGACAUGGGCUCUUCGAAAGUGCCCAUGAAAAGAAGCAGAAGCCAGAAGCUUAUGGAGGAUGAUAAGUCAACCUUAAUAAAGGGCACCACUUCUGGACGGAGGGGAAGAAAACCAAGAACUGAGAUAGUUCAGAUAGCUGGCACCUCAUCUACCAAGUCUCUUCAGAGAAGCCAGGAUAUCUUAAAUGGACAAGAGGAAUCUGAAAUUGUACCUGCUAAAGAUGUCGAGUUAAGCAGCCAAAUGCUGUCCCCUGGGGUGAACUGUUGUGCUCCUGCAAGAGUCCAAGAAGAGAAUCCAACUUCCCAGUUGUCAUCCGAGUCAGAAGUGGCACGUCCAGUGUCUCCUUCCAUGUAUAUGUCUAGACUUCCCCCACCUCCUGGAGCAUACAUCAGCAAGGAGCAUAGCUAUGGAGUAGGCAGCCCUCUUUUCUGGAAAGCAAGAGCUGAAUUUGCCUUUGAGGCAAUGGAGGUAGCCCAACGGCAGCUCUCUGCUUGUAGAAGGCGAGAAAUAAGAUUGAGACAGAGACUGGCAGCACUAACGCAGGAAAGGAAACGUGAAAGCAUGGAGGCAGCAAGGUUGGAGCAUCUUCCUCCAAGGGGGAGAAAGAGGCCUUCUGCAACUAAAGAGAACAGACGUGACACUGCAGAAAGAUGUCUGGAGACAGGCCGGAUUGUCACUGUUGAUGAGCGGGAAGUGCUUAGCUAUUGCAGGGAGUCCUGCUCGCCAAGUGAAGAACAUGAAGGCCAGGAAGGCAUAUCUUUGAAAGAAAAUCAGAUUUACUGUCUAGAUGAGAGGUCAGCAGAGACAGGUUUGGACACCUCAAAGGAGGCUCAGUUUGUGAAUUUUGGAGGGAGGCAGUUCCUGAUUUUUGGUGCAGAAAGGCAGACUGAAACAGCAGUGACCCUCAAGGAAGGCCAUUUGGUAAGUCUGUUAGAAGAAAAACAGCUUGUCACACUGGGUGGGGCACAGGUGUUUGCCAUGGAGCAGGAACCGUCUGAGAGACGUAUCACUCCUUUUUUACUGGAGGAAGGAGAGACCCAAAUCGUGGCCGUGGAAGAAGAGAUGAGUAGCUGUGUCAGUGAGGAGAACAGGCUGCAACAAAUAUUGACAUUAGGAAGACAAUCUUUUGCCGUCAUCGCUGCAGACAAGCACUUUGAGACUCAGAGGAGUGGAUCCUCCUUGCAAUCAUCCUCAGAGGUUGUGGGGGUAGAUGAGAACUACUCUGACGCUGUAUGUUCCUCUCCAACAUACAAGGAGAAGCCACCAACUACAGUGGAGGUGGGAGUGACUUGGGAUGAGAGGGCAGCAGAUCUUGCAUCCUGGUCUGGGAAGCACCAGUCAGCAGCUUCUGCUGGGAGACAGAGUCCUUUGGAUUUGAGAGAGAGGCUAAAAGAGCAUCUGCAAGUGUUUGAACUGCAACUGAUUGGAGACUUUGAUAACGAAGAUGAUGUGGAGGAUGUGUGAAGUGUCAAUUCACACACACAACCACAGAGAACCAAUUUGGAAUUAACAAACCAACAGGUAUGGAAGAAAACCCAGUGUCCAGAAAAAAAGUUACACAAAGGGAGAAUGUGCAAACUCAUCAAAGACAACAACAAGAUGCAUGCUUAUAACACAACACCCUGGAUCAGUGAGACAGCAACAGUAACCACUGUACUACUGUGUCGACUUCCUUGCUUCAAUAUGGACAAACUAUGAAAAUACAAUAAACUAGUAACUUACUAGAAAGCUCAUCUGUCAGAGUUAAUCCUAGUUCAUCCAGCACUUGAGAUACAACAGCAUCACUACAAAAAGAGGAAAAA